AUGGUAAGAUACGCCCCUUGUAAUGCAGUGCUUUCGCCAGUCUAUCUAUGCUACAGGGAUUUGGAUCUAACUUGUGGAUUCUUGCAGGCCGAUAAACUCCGUACCCAACAGCAGCUCGAGCAGCUGCAGGCUCGCUUCGUCGGAACCGGUCAUGCAGACACCACCAAAUUCGAAUGGACUUCCAACAUUCACCGCGACUCCUAUGCUUCAUAUGUCGGCCACCCACCGCUGCUAUCAUACAUGGCGCUUGGGCUAAAUGAACCAGCUGCAAAGCUCAGAACACGACUGAUAGAGGUCCGUUUGUCCCGCAUCUUUAAACGAGUCACCGCGAUCAUCGAUCAUAAGAGCUGA